AUGUGAAUUGCUUUCAUUUUCACCUUUGUUUUGUGCAUGUUAGAGCGUGGUGAUGAGAUUGUGGACAACAUCCCUGGGCUUCCUUCUACCACUUUAGCAAAUUAAAUCUGCCAACAAUUCUCUAUGGAACCGGCUACCAGACCUUGUCCCGAGCUCUGGAAGCUAUUUCGUUGAUUCCCAAAUCUCAAUAUCUUCUCUUCACUUCUGUCUACGAGCUCGAAUCCCGAGUUAUUGACUUUUUCAAGGCAGAAUUUGCUUUCCCUGUCUAUGCAAUUGGACCCAGUACACCUUUCUUCACAUUGAAAGGUAAGGUAAUUCUCCAACUUCCAACUACCUACAGUGGCUGGAUUCCCAGCCUAAAGCUUCAGUCUUGUACAUAUCUUUGGGAAGUUUUCUAUCGGUUUCAGCUGCACAGAUGGAUGAAUUAGUAGCUGGACUUCGGAACAGUAGUGUUCCAUACCUGUGGGUGUCGCGCGUGGAAGCUUCUUGGUUCAAAGAGAGCUGCGAGAAUAGAGGACUAGUGAUUCCUUCGUGUGACCAGUUGAGAGUGCUAUGCCAUUCUUCUAUUGGGGGGUUUUUGACGCACUGCGGGUGGAAUUCUACCCUGGAGCUGUUUAUGCAGGCGUUCCUACUCUUACUUUUCCUAUAUUCUUGGAUCAGAUCCCAAACAGCAAGCAACUAGUGGAAAAAGGGGAGUGAAGAGCGAGGUGGGGACUGAAAACCUAGUGUCAAGGGAAGAAAUUGCAGAGAUUGUGCGAAACUUUAUGAAUUUGGAUUAAUUGCAAUGAAGGGAAGGAGAUGAGAGAAAAGGCUAGAGAACUUGCAGAAGCAUGCCGAGGUGCAAUUUCGGAAGGUGGAUCCUCUGAUGUUAGCCUUGAUUCUUUCAUCAAGGUUCUAUCAAAAGGUCAUGUUCACUAACUAAACCCGUCAAUAUAUAUAAUUAUUCAAA